UUUAUGAAAUUAUAGUUCAUUAUUCUAAGUACACUUAAAAACUGAAAAUUGACAAUAUUCGUAGUGUUUGCUUUUAUAGUUCACUGACUUGUGUAUUUUUAUAAAACUCGGGAGUAAAGCGUUGUUUUAUUUGUAAUUUUUACAUUAGAUUCAAAAUUAAACAUAACUUCAAUAAUUGUUAAAAAAAGUAUAUAAAACCAUUAAUUAUAUUUAGUUGAGAUUUCAUUUAACGCAGUCAAAUCAAGAUGAAAAUUUUUACACUUGUUGUUGCCACAGCACUAAUUACUGCAUGUUCAGUAAUAUUUAUUACAAAAUCUAGGACUGAUGGAAAACAAUCCAUUUAUAAACCAACUAUAAAAGAUUUAAAACAAAUCCAAAAUCAUUUUUUAUGGCACUACAUAAAAGACGAACUGGUUCACACGCCAUUUGAAACGUUCUUUCCAAAACCAUAUUAUUUGUAUGUCGAGGAAUCAAUCAUAACUAAAGUAGAGAGUCGAAUUAAUCGUAGUUAUUGGCGAGGUAUGCAAUUUAUAAUUAUUCGAACUUAUAGAUACACCUUAUUGUUAGCUCUAUUUGCCUACGAAACGAUAAAGUAUAGAAUGGAACAGCCUUACCUUUUGCAAGUCAUCAAAAAAACUGCUAGAAAAUUGUACAAAACAGUAGAAACUUUAAGAUUUGAUAAAAUGGAAGAUUUAAGAACGGAAAUUUUGGAUUUAACGAAACUUGGCGAUAAUCAUAGAAUUGUUUUAAAAACAAUUACGUCAACGAUGAAUAGAUAUAUUUUAUAUUUUAUCACUAAUUAUCAAAUAGAAAAAAAUAGAAUGUUCGAUAACUUUAGUUCGUAUUUAAAAAAUCAACCGAUAAUUCUACCAGUGGAAGUAAGAGAAUAUUUACUAAAGGGAAUUCCAACUCAUCGUCGUUUUAAUCCAUUAUUUAAUUUCCAUGUGCCUCCCUUAGGAUAUUCUGAAGCUCUUUAUAAAUUAAUAGAUGUUAUUGGUCUUAUCGAUAGUGAAUACUUAGUUGAAUAAGUAGUUUUGAUUAAAUUAUUAUUAAUUAAAUUAAUUAAUCUUUGAACUGUUUACCUUAAACUCGAUAAGAUC